GCUUUAUUGUAUUUUUCACAAACCCGCGAUCUCAAAGAUUUAUGCAUGCUCGGGCUGGCCCGCUCUCGCCUAGGAUCUUUGGAUCCCAAACGAAAAGGCAAUGCCAUGUAUGUGAAGAAGCACGGAAGAAGUGCAUAAAUUAUACCCAUUGUCUAUUGUUGUUGUGAAAGAAACUUCUGUGUUGUAGCCAUCAUGACGCGACCAUUACUACGGAGCCUCGUGUUGUUGUCGCUGGUGUUGCAGGUCGUUGCGUCGGGAGUCGCUGGUGAAGAGCAUGAAGAGCAUGACGAUCACGAGUUCUUGUACGCAAAUCCACAAGCGAACGCACCGGUGAUGGAUUUCCUCCCCGCUACUGGACGCUGGCCCAGUCGAGGAGACUUUCGGCACUCUAGGAAUGCCAAAAUGGUGGAAUUUUACAAUCCAUUCUGCGGUGCUUGCCAAUCUUACAAGCCAACCUACUUGAAAUUGGCUAGAGCCUUGAAGGAUAGAGUGGGAGAUCACAUUGAUAUUUUUGCGGUAUCCUGUCAGGUACACAAGGAGCUCUGUGACCAAUUCAAUGUCGAUGAAUUACCCAUAGUAGCACUCUUCAAGGCAGGUGCUGCAACACCCGACAAUCAGCGAUCCUUAAGGGUUCCCGAGAAGAAGCCUGAUUUCAUUCUCAAUUACUUGUUUCAACACAAGGAAACAGCACGUGCUUUGGAGGAGGAAGACGGAGAAGCAGCGGGUGAAGAGAAUGAAGAAGACAACAACAAUGAGAGUGAAGACGAAAAUGAUGAUGGAGGAGGAAAUGAGAACAAAGAAAGCGGAGAAGAAGAUGAAGACGACGACGAUGACAAAGAAGGGGAAGGAGGAGGAGAAAAUGAGAAUGAAGAUAACGAAGGCGAAAACGAUGCGCAGGAAGGCGGAAAUGACAACCAAGAGGAAAACGACGAUGGCGCUCAAGGUGAAGAAGGGGCAGGUGCAAAUGAGGAAGAAAACGGUGACGACGAAUACGACAGAAAGGGAAAUGGCAAGCCAGUAGAUGGCGAAGAGGUAGAAGUGGUAGAUGGCGACCAGGAGGUACAAGAGGAGGAGGAUGAAGAGGAGGAACAACAACAAGCAGAUGUCUAUGAGGAUGAGACGCAGCUUGAUCGAGACGCUGCAGAAGCCAACCGAGACUGGUUUGAAAACCUUGCUUUUGAUGCACUAAAAGGAUCCGGACGAUUGGAAGGUCGACUGGGUGGAGAUGGAGCUGGGGGUGACCCCAUGGGAAUCAUAGCGAUGAGGAGAGGGGCUGCAGGUGCUGGAGCGAUCGAGAAAUUAAAUCAUGCCAGUGACAUGGAUCGUUUCCGUGAAGCCAUGAUGAAGCGACAAAGUCAAAAGAUCAGCAGCGUCUUUCGCCGCGAAUCGCCGGGAGCCGCCGCAUCAAGGCUGAAGGAAGAAAAAAUUGACAGAACAACGGGUGCAACCCACGCAAUGAAAGCCCACACACCUGGGACACCUGAAUACGAGCUACGACAGAAAAAGAUGGAGGCACACAUGAAUACCGUUAUGAAGCAAAAGCGCCUGCGCACAACAGCCCCCGCGAUGAGGACCUUUUCCGCUGGUGCUGGGGGUGUUUCCAGAAUUGAACUCCCUAGGAACCACAAACCACUCAUGCCAUACAAAAAGGAAGUCAGGAAGCAAAAGCUUGUUCAUGAAAUGGCGGGAAAGGUUCCCAUUGUAAGGCGUAUGGUCAAGUUGUCUCAUGAAGAGGCUUUGAUUCUGGACGCGUCCUUGUCCUUUCACAACGCUUUAAAAACAGGGUUAUUCAGCGAUGAUAACCCGCUUUCAAAGCACAAGAAACGGGCAUUCCAGACAUGGCUCGAUUUGCUUAGAAUCUCCCUUCCUCCCGAGUGGGGUCUGCAUGAAAUGAUCAUGGACCUCGACAACAACAUCGACUUUAUAUCACAGAGCGACAAGAAUCUGCAUCGAUUUCUUAAAAAGCAUGCGCUGCCUCGACAUGAAUGGAGUCGCGGCUGCACGAAGAAUGGACACGACAAGAGGAAUGGUUUCAACUGCGGCUUUUGGAAGUUACUUCACGUUGCCAGCGUGGGUAUUGCAGAACAUCGCGGUGGAAUCAACCUGAUUGAGGCAAACCUUGUCAGCCACGAAGCACGGGUAUUCUCACCUCUAGAAGCUGCUGAUGCCAUGAAAGAAUUCAUCGCAAAUUUCUUUCCCUGUCAAUCGUGUAGGAGCCAUUUCGUCGCUGAUUACGACGAAUGCAGCAACAGGAGAUGUGUGCGACUCACAGAUUCUACCGAAGAUGCCUCGUUUGCGGACUGGCAAGAGCUGUCCAAGUGGCUUUGGGAGGUUCACAACAGCGUCAACAUCCGACUCUACAACGAAAGAAACAAAGAGAGACAUGUUUCCAUCCAUGAUGAGGUUUCUGCCCUGUUCCCAUCGGUCGAAGACUGCGUUAGCUGCUUUCUUGACGAUGGAGGGUACGAUGAAGAAAGCAUCUUCCUUUUCCUGGAAAAUGAAUACUGGCCCGGGGCAUCCGACAUUGAUCCUGCCGCUGACAAGCUGCUCACUUUCCAUAACGUCGAGUAUGCUGGUUUCGUCUCUUCUUGGGUGAUUCUUCUCGUCGGGAUCGGGCUCAUCUAUAUGCUGCGACCGAGGGGUGUUUUGAAAGGACAAAAAACGCGAAGUGACUAGGCUUUCAUACUUAUUUCGGCAUAUUGAGUCUAGCUACCGGUAGCGAUCAGGCCAGUGUUUUAAAGGGUGUGACAUAACUCUGUUCUUGAUGACGAACUUGCUACCGACGUCGUGUUGAAUACAUCUAGGCU